AUGUUCAAACUACUCCCGCUUCUUCUCCUUACGGCCCUCCUCUCAUUCGUCGGCCUCACUGACGCCUUAAUCGAGGGCAACACCAUCUGCGAAACCACCUCCGGCUCUCCCCUCACCACAGAGCUAUGGGACUACACCCAUCUGGGCAUCGGCAGUGGUUUUGCCUGCCGCCAGAAUUCUAACGGCGCCAACGGUCGUCCUGGAUGCACCUUAUGCGGACAUUUUACCGGCCGCGGUCUCAAAAUCUCCAUCUGCGGGGUGAAGGGCUCUAGCUUCGGCCCCGGGCAAGUGAAGGAGGCGGUGGGACAUCUGGCGAGAGAAUGCACCGGAACCUUUAGAGGCUCUAGAGAUUGGAAAACUGGUGGGAAGUGGAGGGACAAGGGGGGCAAAUUCACGAUCCUCGUACACCUCUGA